AUGGGCCGCGAAGACCAGGUCGAGGAGCGCGAGGUCCUUGAUUCAAUCUUCCCUGAUGAAAUUACCGACCUAUCCGACACGGCAUACAAAGUAUCAAUAACCCUCGACAACCCCGAAAAUGACAGCGAGGAAACAGAGCAACCGGUGAUAUAUCUCGAGGUAUCAUACCCACCGGAUUACCCCGAUGUCGCGCCAGACCUCAACAUCACUCCCCCGCCAAAUGCGCCGAGGAAUUCUCGGCUAGAUGUCCAGGAAGAUCGCGAACGGCUCCUCGAAACCCUGCAGCCCACGAUCGAAGAGAACAUGGGCAUGGCGAUGGUUUUCACUCUUGUCAGCGCCCUGAAGGAAAGCGCCGAGCUUCUCAUGGCCGAACGGGCGAACGCCGUCCAGGCCGAAAAGGAAAUGGUGGCUGCCAAGGCCGAGGAGGAAGAGAACCGCAAGUUCCAGGGCACGCCGGUGAACCGGGAGACAUUUUUGGAAUGGAAUGCAAGAUUUCAAAAGGAGAUUGAGGACGAGGAGCGGCGGCAGCGUGAGGAGAAGGAAGCAGAAGACAAGAAGAAAAAGUCCGGGAAGGAAGAAAAGAAACUCACUGGCCGACAAUUGUGGGAGAGAGGCCUGGCUGGCAAGGGCGAUGACGAGGAUGAAGAAGACUCUAUGCCGGCGGUGGACAAGCUUAAAGUUGCUGCUUGA